AUGACAAUAGACGAUCAGAGUGUUCCUUAUACUCUACAGUCUCCAGCUACAGCCCUCGCGGUGCGAGAAGACCGGACCGUCCAGCACUCGCGAUCUACUACCGAUCUAAAGCUAUCCCGGUCUCCUCCUAGCUUGAAUAUUACAGCCACCAAUGCUGGGAGCGAUAGCAAAGAAGAGCUUUAUAUGAGGCGGAGGAGGAGUACGCUACCAUGGGCCGGAGCGAGUCCUGGAAUCCGUCAAUCCCGGUUGGAACAGAUUGCCAGCAGCAAGAUGGCUGACACUUGGUUCUCAUUACAUUGCCAAGGGAUCCCGGAGCCUGUUUAUAUCAGUGAGCUGGUGGAAAAUGCUAUGAAUCCCAGCUUCAGACAUUUUGACCUGAAUAUAUGUGGUCCCGUGGUCUCACGAUUGGACGAAGCUACUGUCAAGCUCUGGGCACGUACAAAGCAAAUGCCAGAGUACUUCUUGCUUUUGGAACUCCGGGUGAAGUUCAGGUCACUUCAAUACAUCGGGAAACAUCUGGAUAAUUUUCGGCAUCCAUUUCCACCGAACUGCGUCAUCUUUCGUUUUACGGAUGGCAUAUACGCAAGCCUGACAGAUGCUCCCCCCCUUGACCGCUCUCUGCCAACUCAGCCACAAACGAGCGAGCCACAGAGGGAUGAACAGCAACAGACGUCAUCAUACGACGCUCUUAUGAAGUUGGCAAACUUUGAUGACUGUAUUCAGGACGCUUUGGUCACUAGGGAAAACCUGGAGGCCCAGAUAAACUCCAUUCUAGAAGGAAACCAGGCGCAGCUCGACGUUUCAAGCCGGAGUGCAGAGGCUCAAGAGAGACUCGCAGCCGUCAAACGUGCAGUUACCGGAGAGAAGAGCCGUCUUCGCCAAUCCCUUGGCCAAAAGGACAGUAUGAUCAAGAGUUUGAAGGCACGAAGACAAGCUAUGGAAGAGGGCCGUCUCAGCCAAGACAAUAGCUUAACUUACCUAUCUGAUGCUCAAGAGGCAAAAGAAUCUAGCCAAGCCCUUUUAAAGAAGACAGCUGAGGACUCGAUGGGGCAAAUCCGCCGUAUCUGCGAGGACCUGCUUGCCACUUAUCCUAUAGAGCCAGUUCCAAAUAUACCUCUUGGGUUUACUAUCAGGGGCCUUGCUCUCCCAAAUUCCUGCUUUGACGACAUCGACAAGGAAGCGGUUGCGGGGGCACUAGGAUAUACAUCACACGUGGUAUAUCUCCUCUCGUUUUAUCUUUCAGUUCCUCUUCCCUACCCUGUCCGGCCAUACCUCUCGACCUCGAGCAUCCAGGAUCCCAUAUCAGUUGGCCUUGCCCAGCGGACGUUUCCGCUGUAUCCGACAAACACCCAAUAUAGAUUCGAAUAUGGAGUGUUCCUCCUUAACAAAAAUAUAGAAUACUUGAUGAACCGGCUCGGCCUGAGAGUCCUUGAUAUUCGUCACACGCUUCCCAAUCUCAAGUAUCUAUUGUACAUGUUGACUGCAGGGACAAAUGAGCUUCCGGCAAGGAAGGCAGGCGGAAUUCGCGGCCUGCUCGUUGGACGAUUGACACCCAGCUUGUCUCGUCAAGUAAGCCGUGAUAGCCUGUCAAGCAUCGAUACGACGAUGACAAUUCGCCAGAAAAAACUCCUCCCAUCACCAGCUAAUAAUUACCUUUCUUCUCAUCCUCACCAUUCCCACCCUCCAUCUCACUCAGCGAUUUCAACUUCCAAAUACAACUUCAUCUCCGCCUCUGCUGCCCAGCCAAGCAUCGGCCCCAUGCAGGAAAACCUGGGGUCAGGACAUAACGACCAGGUUGGUGCGUCGAUAGCCGUCGCCACACCCGUCGCCUCCAGCAAUGAACGAUGA